CAGCGUGCUCCAAGAUCCCCAUGCUCUCCUCCUCCCUCCCUCCCCUCCGGCAUGAUCUAGCAUGCGGCCUCCCUCUCCUCGAUCCAGAUCGGCAGGUCCACCACCUACACUUCCGGCGAUCCCCAAUCCGGCAACAGAGACGGCUGCUCCCGCACCGGCCUUCUUCCUCGCCCCAUAUGCCGCUACUCGUCUCCUCUCCGGUGAGUGUGGAGGAGCCACCGUGGUCGAGGCAGCCGCCGGCUGGAGCCACCGCGGUCGAGGCAGCCGCCGGCUGGAGCCCCGCCUCUUCUCCUUUCCGGUCACUGUGGAGGUCCACCGCGUCCAACCUCCUCGACGGCGCUCGGAACCCUAGGCGGACCAUCUCUUCCUCCCAUGGCCAUGGCCAUGGCGAGCCUGCAAGAUGUGCAGCAGCAGCAGGUGCUCUGCUCUUGUGCACGGUGUGUGUCUCCAGCGCAGCGGUGCUUCUUGAGGCGACCGGCGUGAUGGCGGCUGUGUAUGGCGGCGACCACAAGCUCUCUGGUGAUUUGAUUUUCAGAAGUUGGAAGAAGAGGACAGGUGGAAGCAGAGGACGAUGAAGCUUGGUGUUUUUCUAUCAAUUUGCCUCUUGUUAUGGUUGUACUUUGUAGCUAGUUAUAUUGUAACCGGUAGUAGUCAGCACAUCUAUUUCUAUGAAUACUACGUAAAGAUGUAAAGAUUGUAAUAGGCUAAUUUUGCAUAUCAUUUCAAGAAUUUAGUUUUGUUCCAUUUGAAAUAUUUGUUUUUUGUGUACUAUGAAAACUUGAGA